AUGGACAUACUUGGAUUAAUACGUCGUUUACCUGAUAUAGUUGCCUAUAACAAAUUUGAUGAUGACUUUUUUGAUCGUUUAAAUUAUUCUCAUACAGUAGCGAUCUUAACUAUCUUUGCUAUUAUUGUUACCAAUCGACAAUUCAGUGAAAAUCAAAUCAAAUGUUGGGUCCCAGCUCAAUUUACUGGUAGUUAUGAACAAUAUGUCAAUCAGAUUUGUUUUAUAACAAAUACUUACUCACAUGAUCUGCAUCAACCGUUGAAAGAUGAUCCGGAUCAACGAUAUCAACAGGAAUUGAAGUAUUAUCAAUGGACACCGUUUAUUUUAUUGCUCAUGGCUAUAUUAUUUUAUGUUCCUCAUCAAUUUUGGCGUGGUCUCAGUCUUCGAAGUGGAGUUGAUAUCAAGGAUUUGAUUGAAGCAGCUCAAACGUAUCGUUCGGCAAAUGUACAUCAUGAAGACAAAUUGAAAUUAUUAGAUUAUUUAACUAAUUGGUUGAAUAGUUAUUGUUCGAAUUCAUAUCGUUUAGUUACACUUGAACAGCGAAAACUUUUACUUUCACGAAAAGCUCAAUGGAUUCGUCUUAUACGUCAUAUCUUUUUUCCUAUUGGAAUUUAUACAGGCAAUUAUUUAAUCAUUAGUUAUGUAUUUAUUAAAUUUCUCUAUUUAUGCAAUUCAAUCGGGCAAAUUCUUCUUUUGAAUACAUUAUUAGGAAGACAAUUUUGGUAUUAUGGCAUUGAAAUUCUACAUAGAUAUUGGACUAAACAGAUUGGAUUGCUCUACUCAGGAAAUGAAUACUUUCCAAAAGUGGUUCUAUGUGAUUUUACUGUUCGUGAACCGAAUCAUCCUCGUGAAUCACAUCGUUAUACAGUUCAAUGUGUUCUACCAUUUAAUCUUUUCAAUCAACAAAUCUUCACCUAUCUUUAUUUUUGGUUAUUGAUCUUGUCCAUAUUCAAUGCGACUUCAAUUUUAAUCUGGUUUUAUCGUAUAUCUCCUUAUACAAGUUUUCAUUAUCUCGAACGACGAAUAAAUAUUCAUUUUUUAUCAGAUGAACAUUCGAAAGAACAAGAACUACGGCAUAUAUUUGUCUAUAAAUAUCUACAAGGUGAUGGAACAUUUAUGUUACGUUUACUCGCUUCGAACGUCAGCGAUUAUGUAUGUACAAAAAUUGUAUUGGAACUUUAUCGAAAAUUUCGUUCCACAUUUAUAAAUGAUAAAACUGGUCGAGAAGCAUUAUUUGAAUCCAUAACAAAAAAGAUUUCUGAAGAUGAAAAUAAUCCUACUGAUGACGAGUCAACAUGUCAAUCAGUUACAACUGAUUGUCUGCCAAUACCAAAUUCUCGGCAAGGAAAGAUUUUUAUUGAACGUAACAUACUUCGUGCGACAUCGUCUGACACAGCCGUAAUAAAACAAUCUGAACCACAUAGGACUGUUUCUUUUACAUUGCCGACUACUAUACUUGAUGAAGACCCACAGUCUACCACUCCUCUUACCAGCGAAUUCUUAAAGAGUAUACAUCCAACUUCAAGUGUCGAAACUGAUGUUUCACAACAGACAAUUCCUCAAAAUAAAACUGCCGAAUUCCAACUCGGCUCUGAAACAAGUCCGUUAUCCACUCCACCAUCACUUUCUACUCCAUCACCUCCUGCACUGUCGAUCUCAUCGACUUUGAUGAGAGGACCAUCACCUUACGCAACCACGUUUAUUCUACCGAAGAAGCGAAAUGAAUAUGAAUUACCCUAUGUCGAUGAUAAUAAUUCGAGCAAUCCACCUAUUGUCCAACCGACUCAUACUAGUGUAUAUCAUCGAUCACAAUCAGCGGCAGCGGCUUUAGCGUCGUCGAAUUCCCUCCUUCAACGAAGUCAUGAUGUAUGA